CAUGGAAACAUCUAAACAUCUAUUAGUCUUUAUUUUUUUUAUAUUAUUCUUAAUUCAAACAAGCAAAUUCCAGAUUGCAGAAGCAUUUAACAAGAAUGAUGAAAAUGUAAUUGCUCUGAGUCGAACAAAGAAGAAUCAUAUAUUUAAACAAGGAAAACCAAGCGUUGCUCCUCCUGUUAAUGCAGGAGACGACGAAGUGAAAUGCAUUCCGGAUGAGCCAGAAAUUCCAGACCUAUUUGCUGAUGAAAUGGACAGCACUAAAAAGUUAAUAAUCUACAGUGGUUGUGGUGUACUUGGCUUCAUAGCCGUCGCAGUGCUGAUAUAUAUUUUUGUGAUAAAACGCUUCUUCAAGAAAAAAACUGACACUAAAACAGAUGGAUUAAAGGAAGCAGAGGAAGGCGAGGCAGGACUCGUCACCAUAGAUACAAAUGAAAAAGAAACCCAAGAGGGGGUACAAGUGAAAAGAAAGAAGAGAGUGAAAAAGAAAGUGAAAAAUGAUGAGGAAGAGACCCAAGAGAGGGUAGAAGAGGAAGAGACCCAAGAGAGGAGGGUACAAGUGAAAAGAAAGAAGAGAGUGAAAAAGAAAGUGAUAAAUGAUGAUGAUGAGACCCAAGAGAGGGUAGAAGAGGAAGAGACCCAAGAGAGGGUACAAGUGAAAAGAAAGAAGAAAGUGAAAAAGAAAGUGAAAAAUGAUGAGGAAGAGACCCAAGAGAGGGUAGAAGUGGAAGAGACCCAAGAGAGGGUACAAGUGAAAAAAAAGAAAAAAGUGAAAAAGAAUGAAAAUAACGAUGAAGUUGAGGCAGAGACCCAAAAGAGGGUAAAAGUAAAGAGGAAAAAGAAGAAAGUUAUUGAUGCAACAAAUGAAAUUGAGGAGGCAGCUGAAGAGGCUCCGGAAAGAACAAAAGUGAUGAAAAAGAAAAAAACUGUAAAAAGGAUAAAGAAACGGAAGGUGCAGGAAAAUGAAGAAGAAAGCAGUGAAUAA